UGCAUAAUAAAGGCUGAGACGUGCGCGGGCCCGGCAGCAGAGCUCGACUGGAGUUCCGAGGCGUGUGUUUUGUGUGUUUUUGUCUAGUUUUGUGUAGUUUGUGUUGGUCAUCAGCACAGAAGCGGCUUAGAUGUAGAAGCGGCGCAGGAUGGCGGAUCUCUCUCUGCUGCAGGACUCGCAGGAGGACACGGACGGAUUGCUGGACUUCGUGUCUCAGGAUGAGAUGUUGACUCCUCUGGGUCGACUGGACAAGUACAUCAGCAGUGAGAACAUCUUCAACAGGCAGAUGGUGGCCCGCAGUCUUCUGGACACGCUCCGGGCGGUCAGCGAGGAUGAGCGCGACUGUGUGUCUGUGCUGGAGCAGAUCGACAGACUCUCAGACGACCCGGAGCCGACGGUUCGAGCGGAGCUGAUGGAGCAGAUCCCACACAUCGCCAUCUUCUGUCAGGAGCACAGACCUUCCAUUCCCUUCGCUUUCUCCAAGUACCUGCUUCCCAUCGUGGUGCGGUACCUGUCCGACCAGAACAACCUGGUGAGGAAGACGAGUCAGGCGGCGCUGCUGGUGCUGCUGGAGCAGGAGCUGAUGGAGCGAGGAGACGUGGAGAGUCUGGUGUGUCCAGUGCUGGUGGAUCUGACCGCUCCCGACAGCAGCGACGACGUCAAGACCGAAGCCAUGGCGAUCAUCUGUAAAAUGGCUCCGAUGGUGGGGAAGGACGUCACCGAGAGGCUCUUCCUGCCGCGCUUCUGUGAGAUGUGCUGCGACUGCAGGAUGUUCCACGUGCGCAAGGUUUGUGCGGCGAACUUCGGAGACAUGUGCAGUGUGGUCGGAGGAGAGGCGACGGAGGAGCUGCUGCUGCCGCGGUUCUUCCAGCUGUGCUCUGAUAACGUGUGGGGGGUGCGCAAGGCCUGCGCCGAGUGCUUCAUGACCGUCUCCUCGGCCUCGUCUCCAGAAGUGCGGCGCACCAGACUCUCGUCUCUGUUCAUCAGUCUGAUCAGUGACCCGUCACGCUGGGUGCGUCAGGCCGCGUUCCAGUCCCUCGGGCCCUUCAUCUCCACCUUCGCCGGCCCCAGCAGUAGCUCGGGUCAGUUCUUCAGAGACGAGGAGCGGAGCGGCUCUCAGACUCACAGCACAGACGCAGAGACCGUGUGUCCGCUGCAGGAGCAGGACGAGAGUCUGACCGCAGACGACUCACAGAAGUGCCUUCCUUCAUUAUCAUCAUCAUCAUCAUCGGAGGAGGAGGAGAUCCCGGAGCAGGAGCUCUUCAACUCCUUCCACUUCUGGAGGACGCCCAUCCCACGGCUCGACCCGGAGCUGGAUCUGGAGGAGGACAGACGGCCCUCGGCCCCCCCGCUGGACAGGAAGCACCUGCAGGAGCUGAUCGAGAACCUGGAGCCGCACAUCGACGACCCCGACGUCAAAGCACAAGUGGACGUCCUGACUGCUGCUCUGAGAGCCACGGCGCUGGACUCUGAACUGGAAGACGCUUUCCUGGAGCCUCGAGCCGCUCGAUCAAACCCUUUCAGCUCCCAGCAGCCCUCAGAACACCUGUCAGCUGACACACAGAGGCAUGUGACGCGUGACGAUGAUGACUCUGACGGGAGCGACUGCUGCCUGAAUCCUGAAGACGAGAAGAAAUCCAAACAGCAGGAUGUGGUUCCCCAGGCGCUGCUGGAGCAGUAUCUGUCGAUGACGGACCCGUCUCGUGCUCAGACGGUGGAUAUGGAGAUCGCGAGGCACUGUGCGUUCAGUCUCCCGGGAGUCGCUCUGACCCUGGGACGACAAAACUGGCACUGCCUGCGCGACACCUACGAGACGCUGGCCUCCGACAUGCAGUGGAAGGUGCGCCGGACGCUGGCGUUCUCCAUCCAUGAGCUGGCUCUGAUUCUGGGAGAUCAGCUGACCGCUGCUCAUCUGGUGCCCAUCUUCAACAGCUUCCUGAAGGAUCUGGACGAGGUUCGCAUCGGCGUCCUCAAGCACCUCUACGACUUCCUCAAGCUGCUGCAUCAGGACACUCGGAGGAAGUAUCUGUAUCAGCUGCAGGAGUUUCUGGUGACGGAUAACAGUCGUAACUGGAGGUUUCGCUCAGAGCUGGCCGAGCAGCUGGUGCUGCUGCUGGAGCUCUACAGUGCUCAGGAUGUUCAUGAUUAUCUGCGGCCGCUGGCUCUGUGUCUGUGUUCUGACCGCGUGUCGUCUGUGCGCUGGACGUCCUACAGACUGGUGAGCGAGAUCAUCAGGAAGCUGUCGUCGUGUUCGUCUCUGCUGGUGAGUUUUCUGGGAGAGCUGGUGGAGAAGUUCUGUCACUCUCAGAAGUGGUCCGGUCGUCAGGCGUUUGCCUUCGUCUGUCAGCUGUCUAUAGAGGAGGAGUGUCUGUCUCUGGAUCAGUUCUCCGAGCAUCUUCUUCCUCCUCUUCUUCAGCUGGCGUCUGAUCCGGUUCCUAACGUCCGUGUGCUGCUGGCCAAAACCCUGCGGCAGACUCUGCUGGAGCGAGAGUAUUUUGUGAGCUCGGUGAACGGUCAGCAGGAGGCGCUGGAGCACACACUCGUCUCUCUGCAGAUAGAUGUGGAUAAAGACGUCAAAUACUUUGCCAGCGUUCACCCCAGCAGCACACGUCUGAACGAGGACGCCAUGAGCACCACGUCCUCCACCUACUGACCCAGAAUGCACCUCUCUAGAGGGCUGGGGUUUGUUUUAUUUCACCACAGAAGCCUUAAACGUGUCUUCCUCCUCCAGACAGACUCUGUCCUCGCUCUCUUAGUCUGAGUGCAGCACAUUG